AUGACAGAGUACAUAUGCAACCUGAGUUUUACCGGUCUUGUCGUGACGCCGCACGGCAGCGGGAACCUGACAACCAACACCUCCUACCCCACCAACCUCACCUUCGUGUGGAACUAUGGCAACGGGACAAACCAGUCCGUCUGUAGCCAUCAUUAUCAUUAUGGUGAAUAUGGGCAUUACCGCAUGAUGCUCGGGAAAAUAUGCAAGCUGAGCACUCUGACAGAACCAGUCAACAGCAACAUCCGUGAGUUCUGUUUAAAGUUACUGAUUCGGAAGAAAGGAGAUGAGAAAAGGGCCAUUCUUGUUGCAUUCUGUGUGUAUGCUGCGCUGGGCUGCCUGUGGCUGGUCGGGUCAUAUUUCUACAGGAAGAAGUUCAGCGAAGACAACGAUGAGAUGAGACAUCUGCUGAUCAACACGGGUCGGCACAAUAAUCCGGACACUAAGAAGUCAGAGUCUGCGUCCAAACCAAGACGUCUCAAGUCACUGGACACCUUCAGGGGGAUGUGCCUAUGCAUCAUGGCGUUUGUGAACUAUGGAGGAGGAGGCUACUGGUUCUUCGACCACUCCGUCUGGAACGGUAUCACCGUGGCCGACCUCGUCUUUCCAUGGUUCAUGUGGAUCAUGGGAACGAGCACGGCGCUGUCGUUCCGCGGGCUCCAGCGCAAGGCCACGCCCAAGGUCACCAUCUUCCUCAAGGUCGUGCGGAGGACAAUCACGCUGUUCCUGCUGGGACUAUUCAUUGUUAACAGCCCGGACGACUGGUACAAGAUCCGGAUCCCCGGUGUACUGCAGCGGUUCGCGGUGUCGUAUUUCGCCGUGUCCACCAUGAUGCUUCUCCACAUCAAGGUCGGGGAACCGGAGGACACCACCGCGCCGAUUGACUUUCAGUCCCGUGUGCGUGACCUGUUGCCGUACUGGAAGCAGUGGCUGUUCGUGGUCUGUCUGCUGGUCGUGCACACCUGCCUCACCUUCCUCAUGCCUGUUCCCGGCUGCCCCACUGGGUACUUGGGAGCAGCUGGACUGUCAGAUUUGGACCAUUCCAAUUGCACGGGGGGCGCAGCUCUGCAGGUUGACAACUGGCUGCUCACCCAGGACCACAUCUACGAUGAUGAAACUCCAAAGCAUGAGUACCAGAUUCGGGUGAACUAUGACCCGGAAGGAGUUCUGGGUUCAUUGACCUCCAUCUUCAUGACCUUCCUCGGUCUCCAGGCGGGAAAAAUUCUUCUGGCCUACAAGGACCAUGGCAGCCGGCUGGUCCGCUGGGUCAUCUGGGGAGUCGUACUGGGUCUGUUGGCGAUUCUGCUGUGUCAAGGUCGGCAAAAUGGUGGCUGGAUUCCCAUCAACAAAAACCUCUGGUCGCUGACCUUUGUCCUGUCUCUGGCCUCCAUGGCAUUCCUCCUGCUGUCCUUGUACUACUUCCUAGUGGACGUCAGAAGGUGGUGGACAGGGUUCCCCUUCUUCAUGGCAGGUAUGAACUCCAUCUCGGUGUACCUGUGUCACGGCGUGUUUCAGAAGUACCUCCCCUUCAGCUGGAAGAUCCAACACCGUAACCAUGGCAACCUGCUCUUCAUGAACCUGUUCGGCUCCAACCUCUGGACCAUUGUGUUUGCUUCGUACCUCUACUGGAACAACAUCUUCAUCAAUAUCUGAAGAUUCAAUUUAUUCAAAUUCAAAGGGACAGAAUCAUACAAAAGCAGGGAUUGACUAACGCACCCCUGAAUUGUGCAUUUGAUUUUUACAAACGAUUGAUUAAAAAGACAAGUAAACAGAAACACACAGAAAUACAAACAUCAUUCAAACAAAAACAGGAAAGGACAGCCGUGGGUUUUCAUUAGCGACCAUUGUAGACCAUCGUCUUCGAAUUAUACCUCUACUGGAACAACAUCUUCAUCAAUAUCUAAAGAUGACAUCACAGGGCUCUAGCCAGCACCUGUUUUUCAAUUAAUUGCAGGAACUUUGUG